CGCAGACCUCUCCGUCUCGCAACACUUCGCUUAGAAGGAAAAGAAUAGUACUACUCAUAGGGAGAGACUCAAAGCUCUCUACACUUCUUCUCCGUUGAUGUAAUUGUUUGUUACGCACCAAGAAAAUGAUGGGUUUAGGGUCUUUGGGCAGUGGAGUGGGAGGAAACUCAUCGUCAUCAACCUCAAAUUUAUCAGCUUUAGCCCCGCCUUUUACUGUUGAAAGAUCAAACCCUAAACUCAAUUCUAUCCCAACUUUGCAUUUCUCGGAUUCAUCAUAUGCUACUGCACCCGAUGGCCAAACAUGGCAAUAUCCACUCCCUUCGGCCCCUGGACCUGAAUUAAAUAUUGAUUCGACAAUAGUUACUAGCUUCCCUUUCACGUAUUCCAGUCGCGGGCCUAUCAGCCCACCUAGUACUGAUUGGUCUGUGCCCGUUAGCCCUCCUGGUUCGCAUUGGUCUGCUUUGAGCACUAAUGCUAAAACUUCGCCUGAUGCGUUUUCAUAUGCUGGUGAAGUCAAGCCUUAUUAUUCCUCUUAUGUUUCUCCUAUAGUUGGCAAAGCUAGUCCAUCCUUCGUCGACUAUGGGCCUUUUUAUGAUCUGAGGCCCACUGCUGGACCAGAUUUAUCCCCUCAAGUCGAUUACACUCAGACCUUGUCUGGCUUGGAAUACACUCCACAGUGGGAUGAUGCUUGGGCAUUUGAAGAUGAGAAACAGGCAAAACAGGUAGAACUUGAUGGGAGUUUUACUUCCAAGAAGGUGAAUAUUGGUGAUUCACUUGUUUCCAAAAGUUAUAUUGGCCCAGGAGUUCAUAGUAUUGGAUACGGGAACGACUGUAAAGAAAAUUUUGGUAUAUCAUAUGGAAAACUCAAUCAUAUUUCCAGAAGAGAAAGCUAUAUUGGACAUAUGGAUGACAAAUCAUGCUUGGAGCAAAAUCUUAGCUUCCUUCCUUAUGAAUCUUCUAGAAUGCCUACAUUGAUGUCCGGUUCAGCAUAUCCAAAAUCUCUCCCUCUAGAGCUGUCUCUUGAACAGUCUAGCAACUUCUCAGACCAUCAAAAGCUGAAAAAUCCAUAUGAAAAAUGUUUGGAACCCCUUGAAUCUUCCUUUAGUGGUUCUAUAUCAGUAACAAGAUCUUCCCCAGCUGUGGUCAUUAGGCCUCCACCUUCCGGAAACAGUUCAUUGGCACAAAACGCCACUCCUAAAACAGUGGACAUUGACAAUAUUUCGGGUGUCCACAAUGGUGAAUUUGAUUACAGUAAUAGUGCCAAACAGAAUGACCCGUGCGUAAGACCAGUAGAAGGUUCCUUUGACACAGGACAAUUCACAUCUCAUAGAAAAGGUAAUGAUCACAUAUUGUUUGCACCGCUUACAGUGAAGGAAUCAUCGAGCCAAGUGCACUCUAAGGAAAUGUCAGAUCUUAAAACCAAAGUGGGAUGUGGAUCUCGUCUGCACAAUAUAAAUGUCUCAGAUGGCUUCUCUUUGGCUGUUAAUGGUUUUCAAGUUGUGAAGUCUACUGAGAAUUCUUCAGAUAGCAUAGAUAAUUAUGCUCCUGCAGUUGACUCGCCUUGUUGGAAAGGAGCACCCGUUUCUCACUUUUCGCCGUUUGAUGACCUUGAAGUUGGCAAGUCACCUCGCACUAAGAAGAAAUCGGAAGAGUUUUUUGAUUUUGAUCAUGAAGCCCAAAAGCUUUUCCUCUCAUUAAACGAUUCCAAGAGAGCUUCCUCUCAAAAAGCAUUUGGAGACAGAAACUGUGAUGAAAAUCGAUGUGCAGAAAAUAUUAUGCCACUUACUUCUGAGAGAAGCUGGGAUGCUAAUUGUCCAACUAUAGAACAGGGUUCAACUGACGCUUUAAAAGAUGGAUUUGAGAUUUCUUCUAUGAAUAGAAGUAAAGGAGUUCGGAUAUCUAAUCCCCUUGACAAGCCUAAGAAAGAAUCUGUCCCAAAUGACUCAAUGAGUGGUUACGACCAGAAAAUAUCCAAUGCAAAGCAUUCCAUUGCUGAAGUGAAUGAUAUCCCAUAUGUGAAGCUUGGUUUACAGGCUAGUGCUGCUAUUAAUUUGAUGACCUUUAAUGAUGCUUCGGAAGGUGGCGAUGUUGCAUUUCAUGCUGCGGAAAAUGUUUUAUGUUCACCUUCUUCACAGGAAGAUGCCUUUGAGGAUGAAAAAGUAGAGCCCAAUCCAAAUUUGGAUGUUCAAACAACGAUAAAUGCAAUUCAUGCCCUUUCAGAGUUUCUUGUGAUGAAUUCUACAAAUGAUACAUUUGCUCUGGAAGAACAAAACUGUGAUGCUCUUAAGCACGUGAUCAGCAAUCUUGAGGCAUGUAUGAUGAAGAAAAUUGUUCAUAGAACUUUGAAUAAUGAACCAAUUGUUUCCGUCGGAGACAUUUCGGGUAAAAUUGUGGAUAUCCAUGAUAUGGCUACUGUUGCAGGCAAGCCUCAAGUUACAAAUGAAGCUCUAAACUCUCACGUGCAGCUUGAUUAUCAGCAAAUGCAUGAAGAGAAGAGAGGUAACCUUUUUCCUGGUAAGAAAGCUGAGAGUUCAUCACUUGUUUCACCCUUAAGGGGUGAUGCAGACUUAUCAACAGAUGACAACAUGGCCCAGGCUAUAAAGAAGGUCCUCGAUGAGAAUUUCCUCUAUGAUGAACAAAUGGACUCGCAUGCACUUCUCUUUAAAAACUUGUGGCUCGAGGCAGAGGCUAAAUUAUGUUCCAUCAGCUAUAAAGCUCGCUUUGAUCGAAUGAAGAUUGAAAUGGGAAAGUUCAAAACCAAAAAGGAAGAAGGAAUAGCGCUGUUGUUGAGAGGAUGUUGAAUUUUCAGAUUUCACCUAAUCCAAGCACAGAUUCCAAUCACCCACCUGCGGAUCAAGAUGGUGCAAUUCCCAAACCUACAGUCCAGAAUGCUUCUGUUCCUAGCACAAGUGGCGAUGUUGCAUCGGUGAUGGAAAGAUUCCACAUCUUAAAAUCUCGGAAUGACUGCAAAAACUCAGUAAAGACAGGAAAGGAAGAACUGCAAGAAACGGAUGAUUAUGAGUAUGCGGGUUCUAAAAUCACUGCCCAUGGCCAUGGUGAUAAUGUUGAGGCAUCCGUCAUGGAUAGAUUCCGCAUCUUGAAAUCACGGAAUGACAACUCGAAACUAAUAAAUAUGGAAGAUGAACAACAGCACAAGAUUGAUGAUUUUGAGUAUAUGGGUGAGAAAAACCUCGGGCCAUGCACAGAAGACAAAUCAGACGGUGAAAACUUAAACGUGGACGUGGAAACUCAUUUCCCCGAACGAGCUAGCAGUCUGAGUGAAGGCCAGUUUGGCUCUUUUGUUGACGUGUCUGGAUAUGAUUCUGUGAAAGAUUUCCGUCGCUCUGUGAGAAAUGAUCCGGUGGUCCAUUCAUUAACUAAUGACAUGCUGAGAAAUCAAUUUUCUUCAGGAUGGUAUGAUAAUUCCACUUCAGAUUGGGAAAACGUACUCAAAGAUGAUUUUGCAUGGAAAAAUUGAGAGUACCAUGAAGCAAUCUCUCUUUCUGUAAUUUGUCUACUACAUGAACAGUAAUCCAUACUUCUAAAUUAAGAAACGUUAUUGUAUAAAGUAUUUUAAGCAUGGAUUUCAUAAUCUCUAUGAACUUGUUUA